AACCAGCAUAUAUUUUCAGUUUGAAUCCAGAGCAUGGGUAAAUAAUUACUUGUACAGUUUUAACUUGAGAAAGAAAAAUUUCAAAUUGUUAUUCGUUGUGAAGUUUUGAGCCGCGGCGGCGCUUUCUGCAUAAAGAUGAAAUCGUUCUGUUUAUUACCACCAAUAUUACUCGUAUUCAUCGUAAGCAUCCACCAAAUUGCUGGAAAUGGCAUCCGAGUGCCCUUAUCAAAAUACGAGCCCGGAGAUGAAGUAAACGGUCAAGGCUUUUAUGGAACUAUUUCAAUUGGAACCCCGCCACAGAAAAUCAACGUUCUCUUUGAUUGGAAAACUAAUGGGAUUUGGAUGCUCUCAAGUUAUUGCAACGAUUCAGUUUGUCGUGCCCAAAACCACAGUACUUAUAACCACAAAAUCUCGACAACUUUCCGAGGUGAAGAUGACUUUGACACAAAAAUUUGGCAACAUCCUGGUGAAGCAACUGAUACAAUCACAAUAGGUAAUAUCCAGACACAAAACGUAUCAUUUUUUGUAACCACGAGCUCCGAGGAAUUCAACAGUACACCAUACGAUGGUUUUGUGGGAUUGGGAAGAGAAAGUGAUUUUAUACACCGCCACUGCGAAAAACUUGGAUUCAAGAGAAAAUUUUCAUUGUACAUCCAGGACAACAGUACCUCUGAAUUGAUGUUAUGCGGCGAAGACAAGACAAAGUUUCAGGGUAACUUGAAAUACAUUACUACAGAUGGUCAACAAUUUUCACGAUGGAACGUUGCAAUUCAAAGUAUUUUGUUGCAUCGUGGCGAUAAAUAUGUUUUAGAGAUGCAAUUCGAUGAUGCUCGUCGUUUUGCACUCGACCCUACCUCGUCAUACAUUACAGGGCCAAACGAUGUCAUUGCGAAAAUCUACAAUGAGUUAAACACCAGAACAUCAAAAAUCCGUGAUGACUUAAAGGAGGUCGACUGCAAACACAUUCAUACAUUACCGAAUAUCACGUUUAGAGCUGCUGACAAUAAUUUCACUCUUACAGGAAACGAUUACAUCAAACAGGUGACGCACAAUGAUGAACGGGUCUGCAUAGUUCAGUUCGUAUCACACGAAUACUCAGAAUUAUGGAUUAUAGGAAACGUUUUCAAUAGGAAGUUUUACACUGUAUUCGAUGUGGAAAUGCAAAGAAUUGGAUUCGCCGAAAGGAUUCAUGAUGGGUCUGCAUAAGAUAUAUUCCUUGUUUGAUAAGAAGACGAAGUAACGUUUCAAAAGGUCAAAAUAUUAAUAGGUAAAAUUAAGGUCUACCUAGUUUAAACUAUACCUACCCAUUGUAUUUGUUUCGAAUUAAUAAAGUAAUUUUAAUAAUA